UUAUAUUUUUAUUAGGUCAACCAGUUUCCCCCAAUGUAUAUAGAAUAAUAGUUGUGCAAUGUUUAAAGGAUUAAAAGACCGCAUUGCAAGCGACAGCAGAAGAACAACACCUGUUGCAUCCCCAGCUGUAAAAACUAAUAAUGCGAAAGGACAAGGUGGGCAAGCUACGCCACAAACACCAACCAAACCUGAAAAACCAACUCCUCAAGAUAAUGGUGCUCCGGAAACACCAGUGAAAACAACAGAAGAAACGACCAAAGGUGACCAAGAUGAAACAUCAACUCCAAACCAACCAACUGCUGCUGGUGGAUUUUUUAAAAGACUCGAGUUUUUAACUCCAUUAAAAGACCAGAUGGCAGCAAAGUUAAACGAGAGUCGAGAAUCGAUCAACUCGCUCGUUGAUGAUAUCAAGCCGACAAAUACUCCGAAUAAAAAUGUCAACCAGAACCACAGUGGUCAUCAAGCUAAUGACUCUUCCCAUCCAAGCGAGAGCCCGCAUCCUGAUCCGGCUUCUUCUGGUGAUCAUAAUGCAAUUGAUGUAAACAGCAUCACCAAGGAUCAACUACUUAAUAAAGUAUUCAGACUUGAGAAGACGCUCCACAAAUAUCGUGAGAAGUACAGUGAGAUGGUUCGCAACUUCCAAACAACACUCAAGGACAAUGAAAAAAUGAAAGUUGUGAUGCAACAAAUGCAAGACAAGAACAUGAGGAGAAUACAAGAAAUGAAAGAGGCUGCUGAUUUAGACAAGCAAGCAAAGAAACAUUUGGAGGAAGAAUUAACUUUUUCACUGGAAGAAAAAGAACAAAGGAUUGAAGUGUUGCAAACUCAGAUCCAGUUAUUAAAGGUGGGUGAGAGUGAUGCCCCUAAGGGUGAUGAUAAAGUCCGAUCCCUGGAGGUUGCUCUUAAAGAGUCAGAGGAACAAACAAGAACAUUACAAAGUGAACUUAAUAUGAAGAUGGAGAUGAUAGAAGAACUUAAGCAAAACAACAUUGAAGAACGAUCUAAGUUGGUUCGGCAACUCAAGCAAGCUAAGUCAGUGGUUGAACAACUUGAACAAGACAAGGGGAUGGCAGUCGCUGAAGCUAAACGUUUAACUCAUGAAGCCAUGGAAGCCAAGGAUGGCGAGUUAAAUGGCUUUCGGCAACAGGUCCAACAACUCCAGGAACAACUUCUUAAUGUUGAGACUGAGAAGGAAGAACAGAGUCGUAACCUCUCGGAUAAGUUGGAAUCUGCGUUAACUGAAGUAAAAAAUCUUGAAGAUGAAAAACAGAAGAUUGUUGAAGAAGCCGAGGCCACUAGAGAGAGUAUGGAGCAGCAAAUAGCGAAGGUAGAACUUGCGUUAGACGACGAGAGAAAAACUCUUGUUUCUGAUGUUUCGCGAGGCAAAGCUGAGGUCCUUAAGCUCAUGCAGCGUCAAUCUCAGGAGCAGUUGAAGAUUGCUCAGGAGCAGAAAGAGGAAUCGCUCAACCAUGUCAAAGAGGAGCACGAGGAGGAAAUGAGAAAAAUGGAGGAGAAAUAUGAACAGGAUAAAGUAAAUCUAAGAAGUGAACAUGAUGAAAAAAUGAGAGAACAAAUGAAGCAACACGAAGAUGUUUUAGUUGAACAAAAGAGAGAAAUGAAAGAAAAAAUAAAACAGUUGAAUGCGGAACAUGAAACAGAACUCAGGCUCGCAAUUGAAGAGCGAGAGUUAAGCAAGAUGGCUGCCGUGUCUAAACAAGAUGAUGCCAUGCAAGAUCUUCUUUAUCAGAGACAGGAGGAACUGGAUGUUGCUCUCAGGGAGUUAAAGAUGGAGAAAGAUCGAGGGGAGAAGAUCAAAGAAGAGUUGGAGGUGAAGAUGAGGGAAAAAGAUGAAGAAUUAAAGGAAAUGGAGAAAUCUCACAAGCAGUUAGUGGAGGCUGUUAACCAAGAAUGGGAGAAUAAGUUGGCAGCGCAAGUCAAGGACCUUGAAAUACAAAUGAAUGGAAUCGAACAAAAUAAUUCACAGAAAUUUGUUGAAAUUAACACAAAAUGGAACAAAAUGAAACAAGAGACAGAAGCACGCCACGCCCAGGAACUGGAUUCGAUUCGGAAACGAAACGAAAGUGAUGCCAGUGAAAAAAUGAUUUUGUUUCAACAGCAAGCUGUGAAGAUAUCUCAACUGGAAACACAGGUAUCAUCCGAAGAAAAACAAAAAUCGAAAUUAGAAGAAGAUUUGAAAACCUUUCAAGCGGAACGAGCCUCGUUGUCAGAACAGCUGAGUCACCUUCAGGGUGAAUAUGACAAGACAAUGGAAGAACUGAAGGAAUUGUCAGAAAAUUCUAAAACACAAAUCCAAGCAGGAAAACAAGAGUUAGGUGAAGCAAAUGACAAAGCUGUUGUAUUGGAAGAUGAACUUAAAAAACAUCGCGAUAAAGUUUUGCAACUCAAGAACGCUACGAAGGAACAGAUAUCAACACUAGAGGAUGCUGCAGAGCAAGCAAGACUAAAAAUUGCUGAAUUUGAAAACGAAGUGGCAACACUGAAGUCAGAUAAUCAAACACUGGUUGCCGAGAAAAAUCAAGCAAAGGAGGAAAACAUAGAAAUAAUAGAAAAUCUCAAGUCGGAAUUGAAAACCGCGCAAAUAAAAAUUGCUGAGCAACAUGAAGUCGCUCAAGCGAGACUUGCGGAGAUGGAAGCCCACCACAAGAUGGCAGUAGAUGAGAUGGUUACGAACAUGGGGUCCGAGACAAAAGAAGUUUUGAUGAAGAAUGAAAAGAUGGGGAAAAUGGUUCAUGACUUGGAGGGUAAAAUACAUGAUGCUGAGCAGAAGUUCAGUGAGAAGGAAAAAGAGCUGGCAACACUGGUGGAAUCACACAAUGCAGUGUUGCACGAACAAGAAUCGAAAAUCAAGGAAUCAGAAUCUGCUUUACAAGAAGCACAGAAAGUCUUAGAAGAAGAGAAACUAAAAACACAAAAUUUGGCUUCAGAAAUACAAAGCAAACAGAAAGAAUAUGAAAAAAUGGUGGUUGGGUUGAAACAUAAAUUUGAAGUUGAAAAGGAACAGUUUGAAAACAAGAUGCACCACGAUUUAGAGCAAAAGGAAGACGAGAUAAAGAAUAUAAAAUUGGAAAUUAAAGCUGGGAAGUCAGAUCUUCAUGCACAGUUUGAAAAUACUUUGAAAGAAAAACUCAAUGCGUUGGAAGAAGCAUUGCAACAAAAAUUUAACAUUGAAAAGUCAGAAUUUGCUGCUCAGCUUGAAAAUGUGGUUACAGAGAAAUCUGGCUUGGAAAAUAAGUUGGUUGAAUGUGAAAAUGAAAUGGUUGGGCUUAGGGAAGAGUUAAAGACUUCUAAUGCAAAGGUGGCGGAAAAGGAUACGAAAAUUGAAAGUUUGGAACUGAAUUUGAACCAAGUUAGUUCGGAGUUGAAGAAACAGAAUGAGAAUUUAUCGCAAGCUUCUGAAGUUUCGGGCAGGCGGGACCAAGAGUUGGAUCAAACGCGACAAGAUUUGGAGAAACAUAUUCAAGAGUGGGAUAAAGUGAGACAGGAGUUCGCUCAGAAAAGUUCGGAACUAGAGGGAAGAGUAGUGGAGCUUGCGGAUGUUAAUACCAAGCUUAAAGAUGAGAAAGAUGAUCUUAUGAAGAAGGUUGCUGGUGUGCAGGAAGAAUUGAAACUUGCACAAACUGCGGCUCAGGAGAGUACUGGUGAUGUCGUGUCGCUUAAAAACAUCGUUAAUGAGUUGAAAGUGAAGCUGAAGUCAACGGAAGAUGAAUUAUCUUCGGUUGUUAAGUCAUCUGAGGAAGAAGUUGCGGAACACGAGGCAGAAAUCAACAAAUAUAAAGAAGCUUGGAGUAAAAAGGUUCAAGAGUUCAAAUCUAAGAGAGAAGCUUUGGUUGUCCGUUUGAAAGAAGAGUUUGAAGCUGAACGGUCUUCGUUGGUCUCCAACUUCCAGGAGGAGAAGAAAUCCUUGGAGGAGAGGUUUGAGAGGGAGAGAUCGGAUAAGGAGGAAGCUCUUACAUCCAAGAUGAGCAAAGAUCACGAGGAUGAGAUGGCCAGCAUCAGGGAGAUGUGGAAGGGAAAGUAUACAGAGCUUAAACAAAAGGCGGAACAAAGAAUCGCCCAAUUACAUUCCAAGUUAAAAGAGACGACGGCAGAGCAUGAAGUUUUAAAGGAAAAGUUUUAUAAGAUGGACGGAAGCGUGGCUGAAGAUGGAAUGAAGUUGAAACAAGCUUUUGAGGAAAUUGCUUCAAAAUCUUCUGAAAUCGAAAUUCUUGAAAAGAAAUUAAAUGAAUCUGAAGAUUCGUUCCGAGAUUUGUCGACCCAACUUGAUGAGUCAAGUUCCAGCCACCAGAAGGCAGCAGAGACAAUGCAGGAACUCCGAGAGGAAUUGAGGAGCAAGGAGGAGGAGUUGGAGAAAGUGAGAGUGGGAGAGGAGGAGCACAGGAGGAAUAUAGAGGAAACCCAUCAAGCUCUGCAGACAAAAUUAUCCGAGAACACUGAUCUUGAAAAUAAUCUGAAGGCAACACUGGAGCAACUUGGUGUUAACCAAUCAAAAGCCAGCGGUUUGUUGGAAGAAGUUACGACUUUAAAACAAUCGCUAGAGGCAGCAGAGAGUGCAAAUAAUAAUUUGCAGAAGCAAAACAACGAAUUAAUCGCCGCGGUAACUAGCGCUAACGACAACAGUGAAGCGCUGAAGCGUGACCACGAGAAAUCGGUCGCUCUGUCGCAAAUAUUGGGUGAGGAAAGUCAACGAUUGAAAACUGAGUUGGAAGAAUUGAAAGAAAUGAAAGCAAAUGAUGCAAAAACAGCGAAUCAAGAAAUGGGAGAAAAAAUCAAGAAACUCAACAAUGAACACCAGACCAAGAUGAACGAUUUAAAGAAAAAGGCAGAGCAACGACUUACACAGAUUAAAAAAACUUUUGGAACUCAACUUGAAGAGAAACUAACAAAGAUUGCGGAAGUUAACGAUCAGAACCUCGCUCUUAAGGAACAACUUCGCUCCUUGGAGGAGCUUAGGAGUGAAGAAGAGAAAGAGAAAAGUGAGAGAAUGGAAGAGAAUAAGAAUGUAGAGGAAUUGGAGAAGAAAAUAAGAGAGCUGGAAGAAAAGCUUGAGCAAGAAGUUGAAAAAGAGAAAAGUGAAGUUGUUAGGAUAAUGGAAGAGAAUAAAGAGGAGAGGAGAAAACAUGAGGAGCAUCUUGAUGAUGUAAAGGCUGUGCUCAGUGAAGCGCGUCAGAAACUCGAAGAGGUUGAAGAAAAGAUGAAAGAGGAGAAAAAUAAUUAUGAGGUGGCGAUAAAAGAAGAGAGAAGCAGGAGAAUAAUGUGUGAGGAGCGGCUCGCAAAGGAGGAAAUGAAAGAGAGAAACAUGGAGGAGAAAGAGACGGAGUGGGAGAAAGAGAGAGAAAGUUAUUCAGCCCAGCUUGAAGUCCUAAACUCAGAUUUGGAAAAGUUGAAAAAUGAAAGCGAAACUCAACUGGAAACACAGAUUCAAGAAAAAGAAUCGGCAACACUGGAGCUGGAAACUUGCAAGAAACGAAUGGAAAAAUUGGAAAAAAGUCGUGAAAAAUUAAAAGUUGAGCUCGAUAAGCAAAUUACUGUUAGCAACGAACAACAACAAGCAUUGAGGGAUGAAGUUGAAACGACGAAGAAACAAGUGGAGGCUCUUUCUCGCUCAGCGGUCGAUGAUUCCUCUGUGGAGCUUGAUCGUGAGUUGAAGAAGAUGCAGGAGGACUUUGAGAUGAGGAUGAGGAGCAAGGAGGAGGAGAACCAGGAGAAGGUGAAAAGGUUGGUCAAGGAGUAUGAGACGGAGAAGGCGAAGAUGGAAGAAAAGUUUCAGGUCCAGAUAUUGAAUGUGACCGAGAAAUGUGAAUCUGGUGAAAAGUUGGUGCGUGAGCAACACCAUGUGGAGAUAAUGCAACUGCAGAAGGAUAUGUUAAAGUUGGAGAAGCGACUUGAGGAUACCGUGGAAAAAUACGAGAAUGAGAUCCACAAGAGGGAGUAUGAGAUGUCGGAGCAAGUCGAUAAAGCGACUUAUCGAGCGCUAACUGCUGAGAAGAAAUUGCAAGACACAGGGAUGGAACAUACCAUUGUUCAACUACAGGAGCAAGUUACUGAACUAUCGAAGUCUCUUGCCUCAACACAGCAGCGAGAGCGAGAAAUCUCAAAUUAUUUGCAAGAAGCGAAGACAAGGAUGUCGUUGAAUUCACAUCUUGCUGACCCCGAGAGAGUGAAAUAUUUACGUCAAGUAUUGUACGAGUAUAUGAUGGGGUCAGAAGGAAAGACCAUGGCUAAAGUCCUUGUUGUGUUGAUGCAAUAUCCCCAGGAUGAAGCACAGCGGAUAUUAGAAAGACAUAAACUACCACCAGAUUGGCUAGAAGAUGAUACACGAUCAAAGAGAUAACGUGGUGUACCCAAGAAUGUAAUAUGCACAAUAAUAGUAUUUAUUAAGUGCAAUAAAUGCACUUCGUUUUAUGUGCCUUAUGUAUCCUAUGUACAACUAACUAUAUUUUAGCAACGUUAAUUACCGUGCAAUGUAAUUGAAAUCCUAAGCAAACUGCCCGGGAAUGACACUUACACAUUUUAAGUUAGUGUUUCUUAAACUUUGUCCCCUAAACUAAAUAAUACUAAAUUAAUAUAGCAAAAGGCGACCCUAUUUCCAAAACUACAAUUUACAUUUCCAUCCAUUCUUUUAAGAAUAUAUUCUUAUUUAAACCUUUACAAUAAAAGUCAAAAGGCUUUGUAAACCACUGUUGUAGGCUUUAACCAAAUGGCGCCUACUUUUAUAUCGCUAGCCAGGGGUUAAAACAGUAGCUAAAGCAAUUUUAAGGGGUUAAUCAGUAGCUAAAGCAACUGAUACUUCAAUACCAAUUCAACUGCACAUCUUAGUUUAUAAACUGGCCAUCAUAUUUUGUUGCCGUUUUUAAUCUCUGUGUAACUAAGAUCGGUCCUUAUUUUAUCUUCUUUUAUAAAUAACUUGUUAUGGGAUAAUAUGCGUUUUACGUAAAAUUCUACUAAACUUAGCAUUUUGA